UGAUUUUUUAUGAGACUAUCAUUUUCCUUGACUGAAAUCGGAGUGCCAGAUACCAAUUUUUAGAGAUUAUCAUUUUAUUUGAAUUCCUGAAAUCAGAAGAAGUAAUUUAUUUGUUCAUUUUUUAUGAUCAUAAGCUUAUGAUGGAUGAUAUUCCCACUAUUUCUAGAGAGAUAACAAGCCCUGUCUUACCCAUAUUUAAUGAUUGUACAGGUGGUAUAUUGAUUCCUCAUCAAAUAACAAGCCAUGUCUUACCCAUAUUUAAUGAUUGUACAGGUGGUAUAUUGACUCCUCAUCAAAUAACAAGCCAUGUCCUAACCUCAGUUAAUGAUUGUAUUCCCACUAUUUCUAGAGAGAUAACAAGCCCUGUCUUACCCAUAUUUAAUGAUUGUACAGGUGGUAUAUUGAUUCCUCAUCAAAUAACAAGCCCUGUCUUACCCAUAUUUAAUGAUUGUACAGGUGGUAUAUUGAUUCCUCAUCAAAUAACAAGCCAUGUCCUAACCUCAGUUAAUGAUUGUACAGGUGGUGAUUUAUCCUUCAUUAAUAAAAGAAAAAGAUGGCAGAUCAAUCAAAAAAAGAAACGCACUAGGGAUAGCGAGGCCCUACAAAAUCUACUAACAACUCAAAAUAAACUUCUGAUAAUGGCCCAACUAUUUCUAGGGAGUUGA